AUGGCUUCAGGACACUCUGUAGGCCCCGGCGCCUCCAUCUCAGACAGCUCCUUCACCGACAAGGGAAGGGGCCAGGAAGUUCGACUGUCGAAUAUGAACGCUGCUAAGGCCGUCGCCGAUGCUGUGCGAACCAGUUUGGGGCCGAAGGGAAUGGACAAAAUGAUUCAAACCGGUACUGGAGAAGUAGUCAUCACCAAUGAUGGUGCUACCAUUCUCAAGCACAUGGCUGUCCUCCACCCUGCCGCCCGAAUGCUGGUCGAGCUCUCUCAAGCUCAAGAUAUCGAAGCCGGAGACGGUACCACCUCUGUCGUUGUCCUCGCCGGUUCCCUUCUCGCUGCUGCCGAAAAGCUCCUCGCUCAGGGUAUCCACCCCACCACCGUCGCCCAGUCUUUCCAGAACGCCGCCUCCAAGGCUGUCGAGUAUCUGCAAGAGAUGAGCACGCCGGUGGACUUGAAUGACCGUGAUAGUUUGUUGAGGGCUGCCAAGACGAGUUUGAACUCCAAGAUCGUCUCGCAAUACUCUUCCACUUUGGCCCCCAUCGCCGUGACUGCCGUCACCCGCCUCGCCACCUCUGCGUCUACCAACGUCGACCUGCGCGACAUUAGAAUAGUAAAGAAGGUCGGCGGUACCAUUGAGGACACUGAGCUUGUCGAGGGUCUGGCUUUGAAUCAGCUUGCGAUGACCAACGCCGGUGGACCUACCAGGAUGGAGAAGGCCAAGAUCGGUCUGAUUCAAUUCCAGUUGAGCAGUCCCAAGCCUGACAUGGACAACCAAAUCGUCGUCAACGACUACCGACAGAUGGACAAGAUCCUCAAAGAAGAGCGUCAAUACCUCCUCAACCUCUGUAAACGCAUCAAGAAGACCGGCUGUAACGUCCUCCUCAUCCAAAAGUCCAUCCUCCGUGACGCCGUCACCGACCUCUCCCUCCACUUCCUCGCCAAGCUCAAGAUCAUGGUCAUCAAAGACAUUGAGCGAGACGAGAUUGACUUUAUCUCGAAAUCUACCGGGGCCAAGCCGGUGGCGGAUAUUGAGGCUUUCACAGAGGACAAGCUGGGUUACGCGGAGCAUGUGGAGGAAGUCAGUCAGGCGGGAGCCAAGGUUGUCAAGGUUACUGGUGUGAGGAACCCGGGAAAGACUGUGUCUGUUGUGUGUACUGGUGCGAACGAGUUGGUUUUGGAGGAGAGUGAGAGGAGUUUGCACGAUGCGUUGUGUGUUGUGAGGUGUCUGGUCAAGAAGCGUGCUUUGAUUGCCGGUGGUGGUGCCCCCGAAAUCCACAUCUCCCGCCUUUUGACCUCCCACGCCCACACCCUCAAGGGCAAAGAAGCCUACUGCUUCCUUGCAUUCGCUGAAGCCCUCGAAAUCAUCCCCACCACCCUCGCCGAAAACGCUGGUCUCAACCCCAUCGCCAUUGUCACCGAACUGAGAAACAAGCACGCCAUGGGCGAGAAGAGCGCGGGUAUCAAUGUGAAGAAGGGAAUCAUCAGCAAUAUCUUGGAGGAGAAUGUGGUGCAGCCGUUGUUGGUGUCUACCAGUGCUAUGGAGUUGGCGACGGAGACGGUGGCGUUGAUUUUGAGGAUUGAUGAUAUCCAAUUUGCACGAUAA